GAGGGAGAAGAAUAUGUCCACCGGGAAAGAUGCACCUGUUAGCGAGAGCUCUUCACAGGUCAGUCUCCAGGAGAGCCUGGAGGAGUGUAUGGAGGCAUUGGAUCUUUUCCUCAACAACCAGUUCAGCGAAAGUUUGGACAAACUGCGGCCUCGGGCUAAAGACAGUAUGUACCAUGCGUUAAUUUAUGCCACCAUUCUGGAGAUGCAAGCUAUGAUGACUUUCCAGCACGAAGACAUCGUCCACGCAGGAAACACCAUGAAGGCUGCCCAGGAAGUCUGUCAGAGGUUCCGUAAGAAGUCCGGUAGCUUGCUGAGCAGAUCAAACGGAGACGACCUCACUGAGGAACAACUCCACGCCGAAGUAAGUUACGCGGAGUGUCUCCUUCAGAGGGCUGCUCUUACAUUUCUUCAGGAUGAGAACAUGGUUAGUUUUAUCAAAGGCGGAAUGAAAGUUCGCAACAGCUACCUCAUAUACAAAGAACUCCACACCGUCAUCCAAUCGUACGCUGCUCUCAAGGGACCGAACCACAAACACCUGGAAGGAGGGGUGUCCUUUGGGAUUGGGGCCUUUAACUUGACUCUCUCCCUCUUUCCCGCCCGGAUCCUGAAAGUGCUGGAAUUUGCAGGAUAUUCAGGAGAUAAGGAAUAUGGUCUUUCCCAACUCUUUGUUGGCGCUACUUCACACAACCUGCGUUCAAUGAUGUGUGCUCUGCUCCUGCUGUGUUACUAUACUUUCCUCUCCUUCAUACUGGGAACCGGAGAAGGUGAUGUGGCCGAUGCGGAGAGACUUCUGAACCCCUUUCGUCUGCGAUAUCCACGCGGUGCUAUCUUCCUCUUCUUUGCAGGCAGAACAGAGGAGAUUAAGGGAAACAUUGAUGAGGCGGUGGCGCUGUUUGAAGACGGAUGUAAAGCCCAGCAGGCGUGGAAAGAGUUUCACCACAUGUGUUACUGGGAGCUGAUGUGGUGUUUCACGUACAAGCGCGUGUGGAAAAUGGCCUAUUUCUACGCCGACCUGCUAAGCCAAGAAAGCCGCUGGUCCAAGGCCAUGUAUAUGUAUAUGAAGGCUGCUUACCUCAGCAUGCUGCCUGAGGGAGAGGCCAGACCGUUUGGUGAUAAUGAGGUGGAGCUGUUCAGACGGGUGCCCUCCUUCAAGCAGAAGAUUGCGGGGAAGUCUCCGCCCACUGAGAAGUUUGCCAUUCGCAAAGCCAGACGAUACAGAGCCAGCAACCCUGUCAGGCUUCCUGUGCCUGUACUUGAGAUGAUGUACAUGUGGAAUGGCUUCACCAUGAUCAGUAAGAGGCCUGAGCUGACUGAGGGAAUGAUGGAAACUCUGCUGGAGGCAGAGCGCACCCUGCAGGAAGCCCCUGUGAAUGAGUACACAGUAGAUGACGGCUGUGUAAUCUUGCUGCUGAAGGGAGUGUGUUUGAGGAAUCAGGGGAACCUGCAGGCAGCAGAGGAAUGUUUCAAUAAAGUUUACAGCAGCGAGAAGAAGCUGAAGUUUGAUCAUUAUCUGAUCCCAAACUCUCUCCUGGAACUCGGCCUGCUCCACGUGGACCAGGGCAGGAGAGACCAGGCCAUCAAACUCCUGCAGAAAGCCAAGAAUAACUAUAAGGAGUACUCUAUGGAAUCCCGAACCCAGUUCCGGAUACAUGCUGCUCUCUCCAAACUUAAAGCAGACACCAGCGAUCAGGACGAAAUUACUUCGAUGUAA